CAUUAGGAUAGGAUAUGAUGAGAAAAUAUGGUUAUUGCUGCUGAUGAAUACAGAUGUCAUUUGAAUCAGCCAUGAGCAUACAGUCAUGUUCCUCAGGAUAUCAUGUUAUUUAACGCAAGGGGAAACUAUCUAUUUACUGUCAACAUGCUGUAAGCCUGCUUUGGAUGCAAACACAUCUGAAAUGUGAGGAGCUUUGCACCAACUCCCCCCUCCUCAUAAGAAGCCUCAUUGUAAACAGUGUGGCCAAGGGGAGUUGAUGCUACUGCAGUGAUGUAUAAAGUUGCCCUGGGCUAUUAAUUAUUAAUGAAAGAGGUCUGAAAAACUUGGGUCAGCACAGGAGACAAGUGUCUCCCAUAUGUUUACUAAGGAUCAGAGCUGAAUCAAGGAGGAGGCAGGUUUAAGGUGCAGGAGGGGAGCACAGAGCAGUGCAGUUUGCUUUACUUUCUCCUCCUCCAAGGUGUGGUUAUGGAGACAGGAACAAAAAGGGCAGUUGCCUAUGGCUAAGUUGCAGUGAGUUUGAGUUCAGGACCUCACACAGGUGGCCUGCCUGCCUGCCCCGGGCCAAGUGCUGCAGCAGCCUUUACUACAUCAAGGCUUUACGACCCUCUUCUCUGUCAGCGCUGUAGCAGACCCCAGAGGGCAGCAGUAACAUCAGCACCAUGGCUCCAUCUACUGAAGUACUGGACGGAGGCUGGGGAUGGGCGAUUGUUGUGGCCUCCUUCCUGGCCCAGCUCCUGGCUUAUGGAUCACCUCAGUCGGUGGGCGUCCUCUACCCGGAGUGGCUGCACGCCUUCCAGGAGGGCAAGGGCAUGACGGCCUGGGUGGGAUCCCUCGUGGCUGGAGUGGGACUGAUAGCCAGUCCUGUCUGCAGUGCCUGUGUGGACAACUUUGGAGCUCGCCCUGUGACCAUCUUCAGCGGCGUAAUGGUAGCGGGUGGCCUGAUGCUCAGUGCCUUUGCUCCGAAUGUCCAGUUCCUCAUCUUUUCCUAUGGGAUCGUGGUCGGCCUGGGUUGUGGUCUGGUCUACGCAGCCACGUUGACAAUCACCUGUCAGUAUUUUGACAAGAGACGCGGCCUUGCCCUCGGCAUUGUCACCACAGGCACAAGUGUCGGAGCGUUCAUCUAUGCCUCCGCUCAGAACGAGCUGAUCGUGCUGUACGGCCUGGAUGGCUGCCUGCUGAUCAUUGGAGCUGUAGCACUAAACCUCAUGGCCUGCGCCGGUUUCAUGAGGCCCCUCAACAUGCCGGGGUACUACCUCAAACAGAAGGCCGCCUUGGAGCGCAACACAGAAGAGCAACUUUUCGAGAAGCCCCCAUUGGAUGACCUGAUGAUCACAACAGGUUCCAAGUCAACCACUCCAGAGAAAACCCUGACGGUGAAGGAGCUGCUCAUCACCAUCGAUUCAAAGGACUUGGCCGUUCAGACGGAGAAGAAGAAAGGCAGCUUCCUGUCUGGGUUGGCCAUCAUGAAAGUCAUCAAGAAGAAGCAGCAGGCUUACUCCAAGUACAUGCAGUCCAUGAAUGAGAUCCUGCAGGACCAAGCCAUGGUGGCCUUCUGUAUUGCUGUCUUCCUGUUCAGCUUGGGCGCCUUCCCCCCUGUGCUCUUUAUAGAAGAUGUGGCGCAAAGUGAAGGACUCAUUGAAGAAGUUAGUGUCAUUCCUCUUGUAUCAAUAGGGGCCAUCGCCACCUGUGUGGGUAAACUAGUGCUGGGUGUGCUGGUGGACAUCAGGUGGAUUAACGGCAUUUAUCUGUAUGCCUUCACCAUGUUUGCUGGAGGUCUAGCACUGCUCCUUAUUCCCAUCACUAAGAGUUAUCUGGGACUGCAGAUAUUGUCUGUUGUCUUGGGUUUCUUCUCCGGAAACUGGUCUCUCACCUCCUACAUUACCACAAAGAUUGUCGGCUUGGACAAACUGACACAAGCCCACGGCAUCCUCAUGUUCUUCGGGGGAUUUGGGAUCAUGCUUGGACCCCCUGUCGUAGGGUGGUUCUUUGACUGGACACAGUCAUAUGACUUGGCGUUCUACUUCAGUGGGGGCUGCGUGGAGCUGGGAGCAGUCAUUCUCUUUCUGCUCAACCUUCCCUGCUGGAACAGGAAGCGCUCCGAGAAUGACAGACCAGACGUCCAUUACACCAGCAACUGCGAGAAAGUUGCCUCUGUAGCUUGAAUAUGUACCUUACAUAAGGACUCUAAACUCACCCGUACUGCCCAGCAGCUGUCCGCUGAUAAACUCUACCUGAACCACCUCUGGGAGGAAUUUUCUUUAUUUGACUUCAGGAGUUUCCUCCUUAUUUCUGCUGCCAGUUUCUAAUAUACCAAAAUACUCGCCAGAGGUUUUGAAAUACAGGCCUUUCCUCUGUACUUUGCCUGCAUUUCUCAGGUUCAAACCAUAUACUGCAGAUCUUUCUAAGGUUUGACUCUGAUGCCUUUGUUGAUUUUUUUUUUUUUUUUUAUU